CGGAGCCCCAGUUCCUUUUUCCGGUCGGCGUGGUUUGGGUGCGGGACGUCGGCGGAGCCCCGGCCUUUCUCACCAUGAGCGUCCCGGCCUUCAUCGACAUCAGCGAGGAGGAUCAGGCUGCUGAACUUCGAGCUUAUCUGAAAUCUAAAGGAGCUGAAAUUUCAGAAGAAAACGCAGAAGGUGGACUUCAUAUAGAUUUAGCUCAGAUUAUUGAAGCCUGUGAUGUAUGUUUGAAGGAAGAUGAUAAAGAUGUUGAAAGUGUGAUGAACAGUGUGGUUUCCCUCCUAUUGAUUCUGGAACCAGACAAGCAAGAAGCUCUCAUUGAAAGCCUGUGUGAAAAGCUUGUCAAGUUUCGGGAAGGUGAACGCCCAUCUCUGAGACUUCAACUGCUAAGCAACCUUUUCCAUGGAAUGGAUAAGAAUACUCCUGUAAGAUACACCGUAUAUUGCAGCCUCAUUAAAGUGGCAGCAUCUUGUGGUGCCAUCCAGUAUAUCCCAACAGAACUGGAUCAAGUUAGAAAAUGGAUUACUGACUGGAACCUCACCACUGAAAAAAAACACACCCUUUUAAGACUACUUUAUGAGGCACUUGUGGAUUGUAAGAAAAGUGAUGCUGCUUCCAAAGUAAUGGUAGAAUUGCUAGGAAGUUACACAGAGGACAAUGCUUCCCAGGCUCGAGUUGAUGCCCACAGAUGUAUUGUACGAGCAUUGAAAGAUCCUAAUGCAUUUCUUUUUGACCAUCUUCUUACUUUAAAACCAGUCAAGUUUUUGGAAGGCGAGCUUAUUCAUGAUCUCUUAACUAUAUUUGUGAGUGCUAAGUUGGCAUCAUAUGUCAAGUUCUAUCAAAAUAAUAAAGACUUCAUUGAUUCACUUGGCCUAUUACAUGAGCAAAAUAUGGCAAAAAUGAGACUGCUUACUUUUAUGGGAAUGGCAGUGGAAAAUAAAGAAAUAUCAUUUGACACUAUGCAGCAAGAACUUCAAAUUGGAGCCGAUGAUGUUGAAGCAUUUGUUAUUGAUGCAGUGAGAACUAAAAUGGUGUACUGCAAAAUUGACCAGACCCAGAGAAAAGUUGUUGUGAGUCAUAGCACACAUCGGACAUUUGGAAAACAGCAAUGGCAACAAUUAUAUGACACACUUAAUGCCUGGAAACAAAACUUGAACAAAGUGAAAAACAGCCUUUUGAGUCUCUCUGAUACCUGAAUUUUUAUGCAUAUAAUUUUGUUCUUUUUGGAAUAAAACUAAAUCAUAGAAAAACGUUAUAAAUUAAAAUUGGACUAGUCUGGG